UUGAUGCUCAUUGUCUUGAGAAAACUGCUCUUUCCUUCCUUCAUUCUCUAACCAAGACAAGAGGACAUGAAUGAUUUGCUUGAAUACUGACUGAAUCUCAUCCAGCAAAAUCCACACACAUACAUCUUCACAAAAAAUAAAAAAUAAAAGAACAUAGAAUUCACUCUCGUCUUGUCUUCUCAUUACAACCUCAAUCAAUCAAGGGGAUAGCAGCUAUGCGUGUGUUGCAUUGCAUGAUUGUUUUAUACGAGUAAUCAUCAAUAUUGUGUAUCUGGUUGAUUGUUGAAAAGUAUAUGCAAUCUGGGAUUUGAUGCAAUGGAUACAAUGGCAUCAAAUGUUUUGCAAUUAGUGAAUGGUACUUUGGAGAGGGUGACAUCUGCUUUGAAUUUUCCAUCUGCAAGAGCUGUUGUUUUUGGUGUUCAAAUUGGAGGGCAUCUCUUUGUGGAGGUUCUUCUUUUAGUGGUCAUUCUUUUUCUACUUUCCCAGAAAAGUUAUAAACAUCCUAAGCGACCGUUAACAAAGAAGGAAAUAGAUGAGCUAUGUGAUGAAUGGAUUCCAGAAUCCCUUAUUCCUCGAAUUACAGAGGAGAUGCGAUAUGAGCCACCAGCAUUGGAAAGUGCUGCAGGGCCACAUGCCAUAAUCAAUGGAAAAGAUGUUGUAAACUUUGCUUCAGCGAAUUAUCUUGGUCUAACAGCGCAUGAGAAGCUACUUGAGUCAAGUACCUCGGCCUUGGAAAAAUAUGGUGUUGGUUCCUGUGGUCCUCGUGGGUUCUAUGGAACAAUUGAUGUUCACCUUGAUUGUGAGGCCAGAAUAGCCAAGUUUUUGGGAACUUCAGAUUCAAUUCUCUAUUCAUAUGGACUUUCCACUAUGUUCAGCACAAUUCCAUGUUUUUGCAAAAAGGGAGACAUAAUUGUUGUGGAUGAGGGAGUCCAUUGGGGAAUACAGAAUGGCCUUUAUCUUUCAAGAAGCACCAUUGUGUAUUUCAAGCACAAUGACAUGGAAUCUUUGCGAAAUACUUUGGAGAAAAUCACUGCUGGGAAUAAGCGGGCCAAGGAAUUGCGACGCUACAUUGUAGUUGAAGCUGUGUACCAGAAUUCUGGACAAAUAGCCCCUUUAAACGAGAUCAUCAGAUUGAAGGAGAAAUAUCUCUUCCGUGUUUUGUUGGACGAAAGCAACUCAUUUGGUGUUCUUGGCAGGUUUGGAAGAGGUCUUACUGAAUACCAUGGGGUGCCGAUUGAGAAGGUAGAUAUUGUUACUGCAGCUAUGGGCCAUGCAUUAGCCACUGAAGGAGGAUUCUGCACUGGUAGUUCCAGAGUCAUUGAUCAUCAACGGCUUAGCAGUUCUGGAUAUGUGUUUUCUGCUUCUUUGCCACCAUAUCUUGCAAGUGCUGCAAUUACUGCUAUCAAUGUUCUGGAAGAUAAUCCUGCUUUAAUAACAAAGUUGAAAGAAAACAUUUCUGUCUUGUGGAAAGGAUUGUCCAACAUACAGGGUCUCUCUAUAGCCAGCAAUCCAGAAUCACCUAUUGUUUUUCUCAAACUAGAAAUGUCCACAGGUUCCAUGAAAGAUGACCUUCAACUACUCGAAGCUAUCGCUGAUCGGGCAUUGAAGGAAGACUCUGUAUUUUUUGUAACCUCAAAGAGAUCAACCAUUGAUAAAUGUCGUUUGCCUGUGGGGAUCAGAUUGUUCGUAUCUGCUGCCCAUUCAGAUUCUGAUCUGCUCAAGGCAAGUGAAUCCUUGAAGAGGGUUUCAGCGUCGGUGCUGACGAAACAAUAAUUGAAUGCUGUGCAUCUGGUUGGUCUCGUUUCUUGCCUCUGAGCUGCAUUAGAUUUUAUCCUUGAAGAGGGUUUCAGCGUCGGUGCUGACGAAACAAUAAUUGAAUGCUGUGCAUCUGGUUGGUCUCGUUUCUUGCCUCUGAGCUGCAUUAGAUUUUUCUCGUGGCACUCAUCCAUCAUAUCCUCUUCAGAUCCAAGUCAAGGAAGAAUUUUUGUGUGAGAAGCCAGUGGAUGUUGAUAGUUUAUAAAAUUAUAUUGGGAUUAUUUGAGUUUCAACAGAUCAGCAUAUUUAAUUUUGUUUUCAGUCAUAGAAUUGAUUCCAUCACUGAGGUUGACAACAAGCAGUUGAUUAGAACAUUUAUCAGAUUGUAUUGAUUGGUCCAAGCAAGGUUUAUAGAAUAUUUGUGACAUAUACUCCACUUUUGGUUCCAUAUUUUUUUUUAAGCUGUUUAAAGAGAGAACA